AAACCACAUGCUUUACAAGCUUUUUCGUACACUGACAUUUAAGCAUAAACCAACUCACUGGCAAGGUACUGCUUAAGAAGGGGAAAGUUUCGAGCCUAAAUGUGAAAAAACGAGACUGGGAAGAGACAAGAAAUUACUAUGGACAGGUCUUUGUCUGUUAUUCAUGAAAAAAAAAAAGAAAACAGAAAACACUGGUUGCUCAGAGGGAGAAGUUUCACAUCAAGUCUUUGUCCAUACGUCAAUAGGGGAAAGAAAUGCGUUCACACAGAUUGCACUGCCGCACAGAAGUUUUGGUCAAAAUUUUAGAGGAAGUUGUGACCGCCGGUGGCACGUAACAGUGGAUUGGAAUGCUUACACAGUCAUGAGACUCUUACCGGCACUGAAGCCCUAUGUAACAUAUGUCACAUGCACAAAGGAUAGGACUAUUUUUCAUAAUCCACAUGCACAUAUUCACAGAAUCCUUAUCUUUCCACUCGUUUUAAGUUAGAUUGUUCAGAUUUGCUUUCACAAAGUAAUCCUGACUCAGCUUGUGUCACUUAGGAAAUUUUGCAUUGUGCUGAGUCAAUUCCCAUAAGGAGUUUUUACUGCCAUGCUACGUAUUUUCCUUCCGGCUUCACUUCCUGUAAACCUGUAAGGGGUGUUCCUUAACCACAAGAGUGAAAGUCGCCGUUCCACGGAAGUGAUUAUGUUAUCGGCCGCAUGACACAGGUGCAUGACAUGUGCAGACGUGCUGCCAAAGGCAUGCCUCGCGUUUGGCUGGCUGCCAGCACUUUUACAUUUCGCUUGCUUGUUUAUUAUCACAGAGCAGCAGAUGUGUCAUCUUCUUUACUUUUGAAUUACGAGAUCGUAAUUAACUUUACAACAGGAAUUUAUCCGACAAAUGUAAUUUACUGAAACCACCACCAAAAGAGGACUUGAUAGAGGUGGCAAGGCAAGCGAUAGAGAGGGAGAGAGGCAGAGAGAGAGAGAGCGAGACAGACAGAGAGAGAGAGACCCCGCCCACUAUGUCUUAAAAGCAGUACAUGCACUCAGCACUCAACACAUUCAAGACUGUAGCUUUCAGCACACACAGUGGAGAGGUGUAAGGCACGAAUAAAAGGAGCAAAAUACUGUCACUGAUAACUGAAGAGGAUACAGGAUAUUUAAUUGCCCAUGGCAGAGAUUUAUAGCGGUGGACAGCUCCAACACUUCAUUGAUGGCUACGAUGUCCACAGGAGCAAUUGGAUGCGCUACGUCAACCCUGCCCGCUCUCUUGCCGAACAGAACCUGGUGGCAUGCCAGAAUGGACGGGACAUUUACUUCUACACCAUCCGCCCUGUGGAGCCCAAACAGGAACUGCUGGUCUGGUACAGUCAGGAGUUCGCCCAGAGGCUCUGCGGCCAGCAAGACGAUAUCAAACAGAAAUACACGAGUAACAAUGAAGACCAAGAGCAUGAGUAUGUGAAACAGCACUUACCUCAGCAGACGUGGCUUAAAGAAACAGCAAAGGAAGGGGUAAAAGAAGGGAAGGACAGUGACGCAGAAGAAAAGAUUGAUGUGGAGAUGUUGGAGAGAGACACUCCACCUGACACACCUGAUGACCAGAUAAUUGACUUCAGCAAAAAAGAUGAGAAGGACAAUAAGGAUCCAGAAGGAAGGGGCAUCAUUCCUUCCCCUCAGCUGGAGCACAGAGAGCCCAGUCUGGGUCUAAAUCAUCCUUACUUGCCAGAUCACUACUCUACAUUCCCAGCUCCACACAGGAAUCUUCCUCUUCACCUCCACGGGCUCUAUGGGCACAGAGAAGGCCUGGUGUCAUCUUACCCCCCAUUACAGUCCAGACCUCUCCAGCCUUCUUAUCAAUUCCUUCCUCCCUACAACCCACAUUAUCCUCGCCUCCUGCUCCCCCCAUACUCUCCUCCCUUUCAUGGGAUGCUGUCAUCGAGAGGCUCGCUCCAAUACAGCGGCUACCUCGGCGCUGACGGACUCCCGUAUCCCCCUAUCGGCGCACCUAAUCUUCUUCCAGUGUCUCUCUCCUACACCCCAUCUCCACAAGGAGGUCUGAAAGAGCUAACACCAAAUAUUUCCCCACCGAGAGGAGCCCCAGCCACUCCAGAGCUCUCCCCUCCCGCCAAGCCCAACAGCCACUAUCAGUCCCCUGAGCAGUCCCCCUCUGGCUGUGAGGAGGCUAUGAACCUAAGCCUGGCUACAACCAAAAGCAGCACUGCACCACGCAAUGGGCCUGGUCACAAAUCCCUGCCCUAUCCACUGAAGAAGCAGAAUGGAAAGAUCAAGUAUGAAUGUAAUAUCUGCUCAAAGACCUUCGGACAGCUGUCAAACCUCAAGGUUCACCUCCGAGUGCACAGUGGCGAGAGACCAUUCCAGUGUAACCUAUGUAAAAAGAGUUUCACUCAGCUUGCCCACCUACAGAAACAUCACCUGGUCCACACGGGAGAGAAACCACAUGAAUGUCAGGUGUGCCACAAGCGCUUCAGCAGCACCAGCAACUUGAAGACGCAUCUACGACUACACUCUGGGGAAAAGCCUUAUCAGUGCAAGCUGUGCAACACCAAGUUCACGCAGUACAUCCACCUCAAGCUGCACCGCCGUCUCCACAGCAGCCGCGACCGUCCCUACCGCUGCCAGCUCUGCGCCCAGGCCUUUUUCCACCAUUUCUCUCUCUGCAUCCACCAGCGCAGCACCUGCCCAGCUAACUCCAGCACGCCUGCCAAUGUGCACAUGAAAGAGAUGGUGGAGCGGUUUGAUGCCAGCCAAGAGGCAGACGUGCUCACAGAAGCAGCAUCAGCGUCUCAGGUUGGGGAAGCCGUCGAGCACUGGCUGGCUCGUACCUUAGAAGGUGAAGGAAAAGAAGACCAGAAGGAAGCCACCAUGCUGCUAAAAGCUCUGACUGCAGCUAUUAAUGCACCACUGACACCCAUGACCCAAUCGGCACCACACCACAAUCCCCCUCUCGCCUACCAGGAGAGGGCCAGCGUUGUUCAUCUCCACAAACGGCCAUCUGUGAAAACAGAAGGACAGUGAAAAGGAAUAUAAAGUUGAACAUACAGCAUAUAAUCUACCAAGAAUAUGAGUGUCACCAAAUGAAAUCUCCUAUUGUGCCAUACGAGGCAUAACAAGGAAUAUUAACUUAGCCAAUCCAAUGAGCACAACACCAAAAGAAGAGCAUUCCAAAGACUGGGUGAUAGUAUUCAGUGAUUGUACUUUCUCCCAAACCUCAGUUAAAAAAGAUAAACAUGGGAGGUGUUGUUAAGCUGUGAAGUAUUUAAAAACCCUUUUACUCAGGUAGACGAUUGUUUUUUUGUGCUUUAACUUAUUCCUUUUUUAAAUGCCAUCAGCGUUAUUUAUUUAGUUGUCUCUUAGUUUGUUUUUUUCUAGUAGUAUUAUUUUUGUGUGUUUGCGUCUGUGUGUUGACGUUUCCAAAGAGAUUUUGAGCUCUUGGUAAGACCGCAAAUAGACUCAGGAACAACAACGUGGCACGAACCUGUGGAUGAGCCUUCACUUGUUAUAUUGUACUGUGUGCGUUAUUUUACUUUGUCAAUCAAAGGCAGGACGCAGUGAUAGCACAAACCAGCUCCUAAUAUUAUCUGCGAUUGUCUUAUUUAUUUAUGAUAAAGGGAAACUUGAUGUGUCCUGAAACUGCUGGGAAUAAGCAUUUGCCAAAAUUACAAUCAAAAAACAUGAAUAUGUAGCAAUAUUUUCACAUGGUUAUUUAACUCAUUUUUCCAUUCUAAAGAGAUUCAGUCAAAGCAUUAUUCACCUUUUCGAUGAUUACUUGCCAACUUGGAUAUCAAAGACACACCGUCCUGAUCAAACCAUAAUGUAGCCAAAAGAAACAAAAGACAAGAUUCAGUGUAAACAGUUAUUUAAACAGGUUCCUCUGGAAACAAAGAGGUUUCAUCUUUCUUACAGCUUUUUGUUGGAUUCAAACGUUUUACAUGUCUCUUACACAAAAGUUUCACUCCAGAUGUUACUGCAAAAAAAAAGAAAAAGAAAAAGAAAAAGAGCUUCAUCCAAAUCUUAACUGAAACAUCGGUACCUCAUUCAGCAAUACAAAAAAAAAAAAAAAAAAAACUAUGUGCAAACAAAGGGGCACAAUUUUCCAGCUUUUUAAUACUUUUGUAUUGUGGCACUGUAAUAAUAAAGCAGCAAUAUCUGUAUGCUUUUGCCUAAAGGUAACUAGGAACCAUUCUUUAAAACUUUUACUAUUGAGUAAUAUACUUUUCUUUGUUUUUAGUGCUUUAACUGUACAGUAUGUUUGUUUAUGUAGUUUAUUUUUGCAAACAAGUUAUGAUAUGUUAAGAAUUUAUAUGUGAGAGACUAUUUUGAUGAUACUUUUAUAUUUACAUGAUGUAGCACAUUAAAGCUAUUGUUUCUAUACA